AAUCAUGAAUAGUAUUCACUUCAGGUCAAUACUUAAAGACAUUCCUCAACAGAGGCCAUGAACAUCCUGAUUGUUUUCGCCAUUCCCUGCUACAUGGCCACCGUCGCCCGCAGCGCACCUCUGCAGGAGACACUUGUUGAGGGCGCGCAGUUUCAGGAGAUCGUGCAGAGGAGCCGCAGCUUGAUACAGAAGAUCCUGCUCUCCAUUCCCGACACGCACAAAUCCUGCAUUCACACACAGACGCUACAACUCGUUUCCUCAGAAAAUGCUAAGCUUGUGAUGAUGGCAUCCACCAUUGGCAUCCCCUCUGCUCCCCUACUGUCAGAAAACCUCCCUUUGGAGACCAAUUUGAAACGUAUGUCUGAGGGUCUUCAGCUACUCCGGUCCUUACUGAGCGCCAUCUUUCCUCGGCUGGAGAACAAAGACAAAGUGAUUGGGCUAAUGGCUGACAUCAGAGACCUUGUCGUUCAGAUCAAUAAGAUGCUGAAAAUGGCCCAGGCAGAGGCUGUGGUGCAGCCCUCACCAACCCCCAUGGCCUUACGUCUACCAGGCCAAUAUGAUGUUCAAGUGGCGGCACACCUGACUCUGGUGCAGCUCCAGUCCUUCGGGCAGGACACGGUCCGCUGCCUCAGGCGUCUGGACCAGAGCAAUGACGAGGAGACAGAGAGCUGACCAACAUUUGCCUUUUGAUUAAUGUCCAAAACAUACUUUAUUCUGCUGUUUUUUAUCAUGGUGAUUAUUUAUUUAUCUGUUAAAUGAUUAUUUAUUUUUUUAAUCUAUUUAUAUAUUUAUUUAUGCAACAUGGAAUAUUUAUUUAGGGAAUUUAUUUUUGAUAACGUAGCUUUGUAUCCCUCAGUCCUCUUAGUCUUCACGACAUAGCAAUAACUGGAAAUUAAAUAAUCUUCCAGUUAUCAUUUUUAGAGGAUUGGAUAGAAAUGUUAAGGAUUAUAAAUUCUGGAAAAUGUUUAAAUUAAAUGUAUUAUUUGUAUUUCUUAUUUAAAAAACAAAACAACGCAGUAAUGUAUUUUCUGAUAUUUAAAUUAAAAAUGAUAAUUUCUGAAAAAAAGAAGGCAAUUGUUCCUUUU